AUGAAGUUGAUGGGUGAGAAGGGGGCAAAGGUUCGUCCAUUGAAUGAUAAAAGAGCUAUUGAAAAUGGUGCUAAUUUCUUAUCUGAAACAUUCGUAUUUGCUGUUGCUGGUGGUCUUAUAUUGUUUGAAUCAUAUAGACAACGUCAAAAAGAACUUUCGAGACGAGAAACAGUUGCAGAUGAUAUUAAAACUCUUCAAUAUGAAAUUCAAUAUUUGAAAAGAAAAUUAAAAGAAUACAAUGUCAAAUUGGAUGAUUAUAUUCCACCAGAUGAUGUUAAACCUUUAGUUCUUAAAUUGGAUCAAAAUGGGAAUGAAGUUGAAUUAGAUGUAGUUAUGGAUAAAUUAAAAGAAAGAAUAAAAAAAAUUGAACAAGCUCAUCAACAAGAACCUCAGUCAUCUUCUUCAAGUCCCAAAUCUGAAAAUAUUAGGUUGAAUAAUACCAACAUUGAAAUCAAACAAAAUUCAGAAUCCAAAAUAUUGAAAGAAGCAGAAAAAGUAUUAGAAACAAAAUGA